AUAUAGUGAAUGCAGGGUCCGGGGAGAGCUGAUAUAGUGAAUGCAGGGUCUGGGGAGAGAGGAUAUAGUGAAUGGGGGGUUCGGGGAGAGCGGAUAUAGUGAAUGCGGGGUUUGGGGAGAGCAGAUAUAAUGAAUGCGGGGUCCAGGGGGAGCGGAUAUAGUAAAUGCCGGGUCUGGGGAGAAGCGAAUAUAGUGAAUGCGGGGUCCAGGGAGAGCGGAUAUAGUGAAUGCCGGGUCCGGGGAGAGCGAAUAUAGUGAAUGCGGGGUCCGGGGAGAGCGGAUAUAGUGAAUGCGGGGUCCGGGGAGAGCGGAUAUAGUGAAUGCGGGAUCCGGG